GAGUGGGAAUACUCUAUGCGACGAGAGAUGCAGGAAAUUAUACCAGGGGUUUUUCUAGGGCCCUACGCUGUUGCUAUGAAGUCAAAGCUGGAGUUCCUGAAGUGUGCUGGGAUAACUCAUAUCAUCUGCAUUAGGCAAUCUAUCGAAGCCAAUUUUGUGCGACCCAAUUUCCUACAACAUUUCACCUAUCUGGUACUUGAUAUAGCUGACAGCCCUACAGAGAAUAUUAUCCAGCAUUUUAAGGAGACCAAGAAGUUUAUAGAUAGAUGCUUGGCCCAGGGUGGCAAAGUUCUUGUUCAUGGAAAUGGCGGACUCUCUCGCAGUGCAGCAGUUGUAAUUGCCUAUGUGAUGGAAACAUACUCACUGUCCUACAGAGAAGCUGUGGCAAGUGUCCGCAACAAGAGGUUCUGUAUAAGUCUGAAUGAUGGUUUCUUGAACCAGCUAGCAGAGUAUGAACACAUCUAUAAAGCACAAAUACUUUCUGACACCUCAGAGGCAGCAUCUCAAAAUCUAUUGAAGAGAAAACGACUAGAGGAUGAUUUUGACAAUUCACCUCCUGAAGACUGGCCAACAGAAAAUUCUUGA